UGUUAUAAUGUUUGUUUGGAGGUACUUUUGCACUCAUUACUUUAAUGGAUUACGUGGAUAAUCAUAAAUUGACCAUAAAAAAUGGUGGAGAAACUGUCAAAUUCGUAUAUAAAUGAAGUGGGCUGCGAACGUCCCCCUUUUAUAACCUCAAAAAUGCGCGAGAAGUGUUAACAUUCUGAUGGUGAAGUGAGCUAAUUUUAUCAUUUAAUUGGUGUUAAAGUGAACGGAUUAUCAAAAUGCCUUCCAAGAAGAGAAAAUACAAUGCAAGGUUUCCAGCUGGGCGAAUCAAGAAGAUUAUGCAGACUGAUGAGGAAGUGGGGAAAGUGGCCCAAGCUGUACCAAUCAUAAUCUCGCGAACAUUGGAGCUGUUUGUGGAGUCAUUGCUGAGUAAAGCGAUGCAGGUGACGAUGGCCAGGAACGCGAAGACGCUCAGUCCUUCACACGUGAAGCAGUGCAUCCUAGCCGAAUCCAAGUUUGACUUCCUACGGGAUCUGGUAAAGAAUAUCCCCGAUGUGUCAGCAGCGGAAGAAAAAGAAAUGAUGAGCGCUGAAAGUUCACCAAAUUCUUCUAGAUUUACAGAAAUGACGGGUCCACCUCGAAGGAUAGCAAGGGAAGACUCGAACAGCUCAAGCAGUUGUGACGUCAAAAUAGUACCUCUACAGCCUCCACCGAACCUCAAACGGGCGCUGUCCACAGAAACAGAGCUACCCAAUAAACACGUGAGGACGGAGACCGUCACGUCGACCUCAUUAGACACAGCCAUAGACCUUUCAAAGAAGUCCACGGAAGAGAAACCGGUGGUAACAGCGAACUUUUACCAAGAGACGUUGUUAACGGACGAUAUGCAGCACAGGAGUGUGAUCAAACUGAACCCCACGUACUCAAGUCCUCAGCCCUCCACGAGCUACACGCCCGAACUACCUAAAAUUGAUGUGCCAAAACCAGCCGUCAUAGAAAAAUCCGUAGCACCUAGGACUCCGGUCACACCAGUUACGCCUAUCCUAAAUAUAGACUUUACGAAAAGUCUGGCGAAACCAGAAAUUAAAUUGUUAGAUACCGCGGCAGUGGCUGCUUUACCUAAGAAAGAGACUAUACGACAAAUUCAUAGGCAGAACUCGAAAACGGUUAGGCCUGAAGUGAAAAAGAUUGAGGUUAAACCCGUGCCGCACAUCGACAUAGACAGCUUAAAUUCUGGUAAUCUACAGAUAGAUGAAGAUUAUGAUACCUGAGUAUGUAUGUAAGGUUGUUUUUUGUAUUAAGUUGUUUUGGCGCGAUAUUUUUUAUCCGUAUCCCCAAUGUUUUAUUUUGUAAGUGUUACUUUUUUUUAUAGUUUUGUGCGUAGUUGUCUGUGAUUGGACUUUAAGUUGCGUUUUACUCUGUAAAAAGUUACAGAGUAAUCGUAAAUGUGAGAGUGGAGAGCUAGGUGUGAUUUACUAAAGAAAAAUGUUUUUUUUUUGCUGUGGUAUAACCAUACGACUGUUUUCUCUAAAAAAAACACCCUUGCCACUAGGAUUUUCUCCCGUGUCGUGGGUGCGUUUACAAACCAUACACAUGACACCCAGAUCCGAAACAACAAUUUGUGGAUCACACAAAGAGUUGUUCCGUGCGGGAAUCGCAUUGCACGGUAGGUAGCCAGUUGAUCAGUCAUCGCUGUAACCGUGCAGUCAAUAACUGAUACUCAUUAUCGCAGAUUUUUUUACUCUGCGGUAAGUAUACAAAUAUUUUUUUGUCUCUAUCUCAUCACAGGCGACUAUGUGCAUUAAACUAUAAAAUAAAUUUGAUUGUAAUUCCGCGUGUCACAGCACUAAAGCUCGAUUUUAGUCAAAAACACACGGCAUCGAAUAUUUUGUGUAAUAUAUGUUUAAGUUUUUUUUUUUUGUAGUAAUAAUUAAUUUGAAUGUGGUAAUUAUUUUGAACAAAUAAUACAUACAUGGAUGUUUUUAAAUUUAUUCCCCUACGGAUGAGAAAUAUCGCUGUCCAGUCAAGUUGUUUACCAAUUUAGUUUUAUGAAUGGUAAGUUUUUCAAAUGUAAUGUUUUUUGUGAUUACUGUGCUUUGGGGUAUUCGUUAAUGUUUGAAUUGUCUACAUUAUGACUUAUCUUGAUUCAAAAGGGGAUAUUAUGACUCAUAUUUUCUAACCGUUUAACAUUGAUACUACAAUUACAAAUUAAGCAAAAUACUAUUUAAUCCUUUAAACGUCAACAAUUACCGCGCCAAAUUGAAAAAAAAAAAAAACUACACUAAAUAACGGGAAGCAAUCGCAAAGCUAUCGCAACAAUACGACAUGAGCGGCACAUAUUUUCGUGUCCCUGCCGCGGCGACAAAAGGUUUAAAUGGGCUAAAAGGCGGUUGAAGGGUUAAAAGGUUCAAAAUAUUCACAAACCCUAUUCAAAUCUGAAUGACAGUUAUAAAAUAGUUGCCAGUAUUGGAAAAAUGUUGCAAGCUCAAAAAAAUUACCCCGAAAACGAGUAACAUUGACAAAUACCUCAAAUGCCUCACAUAUGAAAUUGACGUUUGUUUUCAUGUCAGAAUGUAAUUGAGAUUGUUUAUUCUAGAAUCACAUUAUGUCUAACGUAUUGUUUUAAUGUAUGUAAUAUAUUAUUUCUUGUAUGUGAGCUUGAAUAAUGAAACGAUGACAUUAAAAUGGGACUGUUAAGUAA